CCACCCCCCUCCCCCUGGCCAGAGUGGGGACCACGGAGCGCCGGCGCGACUGCGGCAAAGUGUGAGAGGCAAGAACAGCGCUAGCUUAGCACUGAUCAAGGGGAAGCAAGUGGCGGAGAACUGGGGGUUAGCCCACUCAGGACGGUAGCUGCAGCUAGUCUCACUAGCUAUUGAGAGGCAAGCGAAAUCGAAAGUAAUAGAAGUUACAGUAAGGGUCGUGAAAUACAGAAUAUCAUUGGAACUGACAGGCAAUUAUAACAUAAUUUUGCUAGAUAGCUAGCGAUAGUCACGAUCGAUCUGUGCUUCUGAUCUGAAACGUUGCCUUGCAUACUCCAGACAUUUAACGUCUUUUUUGGGUGGAGUGUCGGUGUCAGCUCAUUUAGAAGCUAACGUAUUUGGCUGGCAAGCAUUAAACGUUUGCGCUUCUGCGUUGGGUAGUUGGCUACACCUCGGUGUAUGCGUGUUCAGCCGGUUCACAGUGUCCAGUGAGUCAGUCUAUAGUCGCUAGUAUGGUGGACAGGGAGCAGCUCGUGCAGAGAGCCCGUCUGGCGGAGCAGGCUGAACGAUACGAUGACAUGGCCUCUGCGAUGAAACUGGUGACGGAGCUGAACGAGCCGCUGUCCAACGAGGACCGCAACCUGCUGUCCGUGGCCUACAAGAACGUGGUGGGGGCGCGGCGCUCGUCCUGGCGGGUCAUCUCCAGCAUCGAGCAGAAGACCUCGGCCGACGGCAACGAGAAGAAGCUGGAGAUGGUGCGGGCGUACCGCGAGAAGAUCGAGAAGGAGCUGGAGUCGGUGUGCCGGGACGUCCUGUCGCUGCUCGACGGCUUCCUGGUGAAGAACUGUGGCGAGGCCCAGUUCGAGAGCAAGGUCUUCUACCUGAAGAUGAAGGGCGACUACUACCGCUACCUGGCGGAGGUGGCGGCGGGCGAGAAGAGGGCCGCCGUGGUGGAGUCUUCGGAGGCCUCCUACAAGGAGGCGUUCGAGAUCAGCAAGGAGCACAUGCAGCCCACCCACCCCAUCCGCCUGGGCCUGGCGCUCAACUUCUCCGUCUUCUACUACGAGAUCCAGAACGCGCCCGAGCAGGCCUGCCACCUGGCCAAGCAGGCCUUCGACGACGCCAUCGCCGAGCUGGACACCCUCAACGAGGACUCCUACAAGGACUCCACGCUCAUCAUGCAGCUGCUGCGGGACAACCUGACCCUGUGGACCAGCGACCAGCAGGACGACGAGGCUGGGGAGGCCAACAACUGAGCCCCUACAAACCCCCCCCCCCCAAUCCUGCCACCUGGUACUAGCUACAAUCCCCCCUGCCCCCCUGCCCCCAAAUACCCUUUCACCCUCCCACCUUCCUCUGUAUCCCAUUCUCAUUCUUUAUCUUUCUCUGUUUCUCCCUCUCUCUGUCCUCUGUCUCUCUGUCUCCUUAGGAAAACAAACUCAUAUGUGCCUCCCCCUCCUUUCCCCCUCGUCCCACACCCCCCUACCCCCCCGCAACCCUUCAUAUUUAUCCUUGCUCCCAGGAUUCUUCCUCUCCAUCUCCUCCUCCUCCUCCACCCCUGUGUGAAUCAUGGUUGUCGUGUGUCCUCCCACAUGUCUUGAAAGGCACCAAACGUACCCCCCCCCCCACCUCCCCCCGCCUUUGCGUGCACACUCGCUAACCGCGUAUUACGUGCGUCUCCUUGUCUGCCAUCCCAGAGCUCGGUGUCUUUGUCGCAAGCAGUUUGUUCUGGAAUUUUCCGUAGGCCAAAAGCCUUCUUCUGGCCCAGUAAAACUACAAAUGUCCCACAGCACAUUCAACCUUUACUGUGGGAAGUGCUUUAUUUGGGGGUGGGGCAUAUUUCAAGUGCUUUGUAGAAUAUAUAAAUGUGUACGAAACAAAGAAACUGUGACAGACCAUCUUUAGUGUGUCCUGUACAGGGGCUUCACAUCCCUUCUGUGUUUAGAUGGCAGGUGCCGUGUUCCUCUUCUGUGUGAGUGUGUGAGUGAGUGUGCGCAUGUGCGUGUGUGUGUGCGUGUAUGUGUGCGAGCGUGUGUGUGCAUGCUUGCAUUUAUGUGCCUGUGUGCAUGCGUGCAUGCGUGUGUGUGCGUGCGUGUGUAAGCUUAUGCAUUUGUGUCCAUUAGUACCCGUGCCAACUUUCCCAGCAGGCUGAUGUUGGCGGUAUUGUCGCUGGGCAGUACGAGGAACGCCAAAGGUGGCGGAGGGGGGACGGGGGGGGCGGGUGCGGCAAAUAAACACUAUGAUGGUGGAGGCUUAGGGUGCGUUGCAGAGGUUGCAUAGAGCUACAAACCACAUAAAAACCAUCAAGCAGCUGCCAUUACAUGUGAAAUGCAAAUAUGCAGAUACUGUAUUAAAAACACGCGUGUUUGAAAUUCCCUGCCCUGCCACCACCCCCGCCCCACCUCUGCCUCGCCCCCGCACCCCCCCACUUGCAAACGAGUCACGGCAGAAACAAAAGCAUUAUAGGGUGACCCCCCCCCCAAUGCCCCACCCCAAGCGUUUCUCUGUUCCCUGUUGUUGUGUUUUAGUGCUGCAGAAAUAAAUUCUCUCCAAGCGUUCAGACCAUCGCACAACCUUCCGCGUACAGCAGUGAAUUUGGAGCUUGAACACGCUUUGCAAAGCAUCAAUGCAGACAAAUCUGCUUUGUAGAACACACCCCUGACCCAGUACCCCCCCCCCCCCACACCCCCCCCCCCCCAUUGCUGCACAGACAGGAUUUGGGACGCUGAACCCAUCUGAGCCGUUAGCGUGGCCGGUACUGCUGGUGUUGGGGUUUGAUGGUGAAAUCGCUGGUGGGUAAUGGCUGUUUUAAGGCCCUGAAUUAAUGGAGGCCGUCCUCGCCUUGCUGUCAAUCGAGCGGCUGCACCGCGCAUGUUCCAAAGCCGCUACGCAGCCGUGAGUCCACCGCCCUGUCACCUGACCGCUCUGUCCGCCCUGUCACCUGACCGCUCUGUCCGCCCUGUCACCUGACCGCUCUGUCCGCCCUGUCACCUGACCGCUCUGUCCGCCCUGUCACCUGACUGACACUAACUCAUCUGGCGUUGGGACUGUCAUUGUGACCGCUUGAGUAUUAAAGGGGAGUUCAGUCAGUCCUUAAUGUGGAGGGUAGAAUGUGCAUGCAAAACAAUGCAACAACAAAAAAAAAGCUGUUAAGAGCGUGUAAAAGAAUUAAAGACGCAUUUGUGUGUUAUCAGACUGCUCACCUGCAGACUGCUCA